UAUGUUUCGUAUUAUUCAAUUCAUUAUGUUUUCAACUUCCAAGCUGUAUCCGUAGAUGGCCAUUUUCGUACAGUUGGAGAUUCAUUGAUUGCCAUGGGGGUUUCUUGAUUGUUUUGAUUUCUUAUAUCUGUAUAUGAAUUUCCGCGUCCGGUCCAGCUUGAUUUCAUCCAGAAAUACGUGUUUUCUCCUAAUUCUGAUUUGCCCGACUUAUAAGUUGUGGUUUUGUUUAAGCAGGAUUUCUGGAUUCCUUUUGUAGGUUCUGUUUGAUCAGGUAUUUGACAUAUCGCUGCACGUUUUUGGUUUUAUUUAUUGGGAUUCGGGUUGAUUGAAGAUAUCAGAGUGAGUUAUAUUGACUGGAUACUUUGAAUGGUGGAGAUCAGGUAGUUUAUUGGUAAUUGACCGAGUUUUUUAGUCAUCAAAAUUGGUAAGUUCUUACUGAAUCAGGGGUGCAUGGUUAGGUUAGUAUUUGAUGUGUGUUGAUUGAUGAAGUCAGCUUAUUGGUGAUCCUUUGAUGCUACAAGGGAUCAGGGAUCCUUAGUAUAGUAAUUAGGAUUUAUGUAGAAUUUGUUGGAUUGUCUUCCCAUGGUGGGUCAGGAGUGAUGUGUUAGUAGCUAGCAAAUGAGCACAACACAAUGAGAGGUAGGCAGGGUUUCUUGUGUAGAUGGAUUCCUUGGAUAGGACAUGCCUUGAUAUCAUAGGUUUACUGAAAUCAUGGAUCCCUUGGCGGUCUGAACCAGCUAAUGUGUCAAGGGACUUUUGGAUGCCUGAUCAGAGCUGUAGGGUAUGUUAUGAUUGUGAUUCCCAGUUUACGUUGAUCAACCGUAGGCACCAUUGUCGACAUUGUGGACGAAUUUUCUGCACCAAGUGCACAUCUAAUUGGGUUCCCACACCAUCCAGUCAGCCAUGCAUGCUACACCAGGAUGAGUGGGAAAAAGUCAGGGUUUGUAAUUACUGUUUUAAGCAAUGGGAACAAGGUAUAGCAGCCUCUGCUGAUAAUGGAAUUCAGGUUGAUAACCUGGAAUCUAGUACUUCUCUUUCAGCAACGAGUUUUAUUAGCUUCAAAUCUACUAGAACCGGUGACAGUAGUAGCAUUACUGUUGCAUCAAUGCCAUAUUCUGCUGCCGAACUCAGUCUAAAUCAGGCAGCAACUAUGGAGUCAACUGUAGACAAGCAGGGUUUCAUCAUAGCUAGAGAUAGUAGUCAUAUUGCUACUGCAGACCUGGGUGUUUGUAACCAGUCUUCAGAUAGAUAUGCGUUUUUUACAGCAAGGAGUGAUGAUGAAGAAGAAGAAUAUGGUUCAUACCAGUUAGGUUCCCAGAGAAACCAUUCAUCUGAGGGUAAUGGUUAUUAUAAUCACAUUCAGUUUGAUGGUAUUGGCAAUGAGUUUGGAUCACACAAAAUUCAUCCUGAUGGAGAAGCUGUUGAUACAAAAAGCAUUAGCAGCUCUUCUGUACAUAAUAGUAUGGAUUCCCAGACUUCAGAAGAAGUUCAACAGAUUGUGAAAAAGGAAGGUGAAUCUGACAUUGGUUAUGAUUGUGAAACAUCUUCAUCUAUGUAUGUAGCUGAAGAUGUUAGUGCUGAACCUGUUGAUUUCGAGAACAAUGGGGUUCUGUGGCUUCCUCCUGAUCCAGAAGAUGAAGAAGAUGAAAGGGAAGCAUUUCUGUUUGAUGACGAUGAUGAUGGGGAUGCUGCUGGAGAAUGGGCAACUCUUCGUACUUCAAGCAGUUUUGGCAGUGGGGAGUACAAAAGUAAAGACAAGUCAAAUGAAGAGCAUAAGAAAGCUAUGAAGCAUGUGGUUGAUGGGCACUUCAGGGCAUUGGUAGCUCAGCUUAUGCAGGUUGAGAAUCUUCCCAUGGGUGAGGAAGAUGAGAAAGACAAUUGGAUAGACAUAAUUACAUCCCUUUCCUGGGAGGCUGCUACUUUGUUAAAGCCAGACACCAGCAAGGGUGGGGGAAUGGACCCUGGGGGAUAUGUAAAGGUCAAAUGUAUAGCCUCUGGUCAUUGCAGAGACAGUGUGGUGGUCAAAGGAAUUGUUUGUAAGAAAAAUGUGGCUCACCGGCGAAUGGCAUCGAAAAUAGAUAAACCUCGGAUACUGAUCCUUGGCGGGGCUCUUGAAUACCAGCGGGUUUCUAACCUCUUGUCAAGUGUCGAUACUUUAUUGCAACAGGAAAUGGAUCAUCUCAAGAUGGCUGUUGCAAAAAUAGAUGCACACCAACCUGAUGUUCUCUUGGUGGAGAAAUCUGUUUCUCGCUAUGCACAAGACUACCUUCUGGCAAAGGAUAUAUCACUAGCUUUAAAUAUCAAAAAGCCACUUUUGGAACGUAUUGCCCGGUGCACAGGUGGUCAGAUAGUUCCUUCAAUUGAUCAUCUGUCAUCACCAAAGUUGGGAUACUGUGAUAUGUUCCAUGUUGAGAAGUUUGCAGAAGAGCAUGUUGCGGUUGGGCAGAGUGCAAAGAAGCUUAUGAAGACACUGAUGUACUUUGAAGGUUGUCCAAAGCCAUUGGGAUGCACUGUAUUACUCCGAGGUGCCAACACUGAUGAGUUGAAGAAAGUGAAGCAUAUAGUGCAAUAUUCAGUUUUUGCGGCUUACCACUUGGCUCUGGAAACAUCGUUUCUUGCAGACGAGGGAGCCACUCUUCCUGAAUUUCCUUUGGGUUCUCCAAUUACUGUGGCACUUCCAGAUAAAACAUCAACUGUUGUCAGGUCCAUCUCAACAUUCCCUGGUUUCACCAUUCCUUCUAGUGAAAAGACUCUGGGACCUCCACCCAGUGGUGAACCACAGAGGUCAUUCACUGUCCCCACUAAUGAUCUGGUUCAGAAAAUGGAGCCAGAAGAUUUUUCUACCAUCUACGCUGCUAUUAGCACGAACUGCAUAAUUCCCUCAGUUACAUCUUCUCAGCAGGGUAUUUCAAACUCUUCCUCCAAUGAGCCCUCCCUCUGUCAUGCACCCGAGGGGAGAACUUUAACAUCUUCCAGGGAUGAACCUUUAGUACGCAACGAUAUCCUUGAAGUUUUGAGAGACCAUCUUGUAUCAAAUGAUUCUAGGCCAUCAGGUGCCCUGGAACAAAGUGUGGAAUCCAAGAAUGUGCAGAACACUUGUAAUGGCAUGGAUGCUAACCAAAUAGUUUCAAAUCCAACUUUGCAACAAGAGGUUAAACAUGUUCAUGAGGAAUCAGGUUCUUCAAAGGAAGGGUUUCCUCCAUCCUCAUCUGACCAUCAGAGCAUUUUAGUUUCCUUAUCAUCCAGGUGUGUGUGGAAAGGGACUGUCUGUGAAAGAUCGCAUCUUUUUCGGAUCAAGUACUAUGGAAACUUUGACAAACCCUUGGGUCGUUUUCUGCGAGACCACUUGUUUGAUCAUAGUUAUCGGUGUCGUUCAUGUGAGAUGCCAUCAGAGGCACAUGUUCAGUGUUAUACCCACCAUCAGGGCACCCUAACAAUUUCUGUAAAGAAGCUACAAGAAAUUUUUUUGCCAGGUGAAAGGGAAGGAAAAAUCUGGAUGUGGCACAGGUGCCUGAAGUGUCCACGAUUGAAUGGCUUUCCUCCUGCAACUCGAAGAGUGGUGAUGUCUGAUGCUGCUUGGGGUUUGUCCUUUGGGAAGUUUUUGGAGCUUAGUUUUUCAAACCAUGCAGCUGCUAGCAGGGUUGCCAGCUGUGGCCACUCAUUGCAUAGAGACUGCCUUCGCUUUUAUGGUUUUGGAAAAAUGGUUGCUUGCUUUCGCUAUGCUUCAAUUGAUGUUCAUUCAGUGUACCUACCACCUUCAAAGCUGGAUUUCAACUAUGAGAAUCAAGAUUGGUUACAGGAAGAAGUAAAUGAGGUUGUUGGUCGAGCCGAGCUAUUGUUUUCUGAAGUCUUCAAUGCACUUGGUAAUUUGGCAGAGCAAAAAUGUGGUGUUAUGCUUAACAGCAGUAUUAAACUAUCAAAAACUAAACACCAUUUGAAUGAGCUGGAAGGGAUGCUGCAGAAAGAGAAAGCAGAGUUUGAGGAAUCACUUGAAAAGGUUUUAAAUAAAGAAGUGAAAAAUGGCCAACCUGCUAUUGAUAUUUUUGAAAUUAAUAGACUGAGAAGACAACUACUUUUCCAAUCUUAUAUGUGGGACCACCGUCUGGUAUAUGCAGCUAGUUUGGAUAAAGUGAGCCAUUGUAUUGAAGGUGAGGUUGUCUGUACUUCAGAUGUCAACAAGUCAGUUCUUGAUAAUGACAAGUACAGUGAUCCAAAUAUUCCUCUCGAACCAAGCAGCAAGAGUUUGUGUGAUUCCGAUCUUGUCUCAGUGAGAGAAAAACUCGAUGAUGUAGGUUUUGAUUCUAAUAAUCUAAUUGGAAAUCCAAAUAGUGUUUCCUUUGUAAUCAACGGCAGUGAAUCUGAUCCCCUGGUCCUUCGUAGAGUCCUUUCUGAUGGGCAGUUUCCGAUGAUGGAGAGCUUGUCUGACACUCUUGAUGCUGCUUGGACUGGUGAAAGUCAAAUGAGUGCUGGAACGCCAAAGGAUAGUCCUUGCAAACCUUAUCAUCUGCCAACCAUGGAUUCUUCAAGAACGGUAGAUGUUGAAGACAGUGGAGAGGAGCUCAGUGUACCUAAAUUGUCUGUAUCUUCCAAAGCCUUAGAAAAUACGGAAGAUUCUGUGAGCUGGUUAGGCAUGCCUUUCAUAAACUUCUAUAGGUCAUUGAACAAGAACUUUCUGGGUAGUGCCCAGAAACUGGAUACACUUGGUGAGUAUAAUCCUGUCUAUAUUUCAUCAUUCCGGGGACCAGAUGCCCAAGAUGGUGCGAGGUUGCUUCUGCCUGUAGGGGUUAAUGAUACUGUUGUACCAAUUUACGACGAUGAACCCACGAGCCUUAUAUCUUAUGCACUUGUUUCACCGUACUAUAUUCUCCAACUCUCUGAUGAGCUUGAUAGACCAAAGGAAUCUGCAGACUAUACCAUUCCACUACAGUCCUUUGAUUCAGGAAGUUUCCUGGGCCUUCAAGCAUUGGAUGAUAUUGCAUCUUCUGAUGAGAGUAUCUUGUCCUUAUCUGGUUCGCGUACUUUGGAUCCUCUCUUAUAUACAAAAACAAUGCAUGCUAGAGUCUCUUUUGCCAAUGAUGGACCGCAGGGGAAAACGAAAUAUACAGUGACUUGUUAUUAUGCAAAGCGCUUUGAAGCUUUGAGGAGGGUUUGUUGCCCAUCAGAGAUGGACUUUGUAAGAUCUCUUAGCCGUUGCAAGAAGUGGGGAGCCCAAGGAGGCAAGAGCAAUGUCUUCUUCGCAAAGACCUUGGAUGAUAGAUUCAUUAUUAAACAAGUGACAAAGACAGAGCUCGAAUCAUUCAUUAAAUUCGCUCCAGGGUAUUUCAAAUACCUUUCCGAGUCAAUAAGCUCUGGAAGUCCAACAUGUUUGGCUAAGAUUCUGGGGAUCUAUCAGGUUACAUCAAAGCAUCUUAAAGGAGGGAAGGAAUCCAAAAUGGAUGUGCUGGUAAUGGAGAAUCUUCUAUUCGGAAGAAAGAUUACGCGGUUGUAUGACCUUAAGGGAUCUUCCAGGUCUCGUUACAAUCCAGAUUCUAGUGGGAGUAACAAGGUUUUGCUUGAUCAGAACUUGAUUGAAUCUAUGCCAACGUCUCCUAUUUUCGUUGGAAACAAAGCUAAGAGGGUGUUAGAGAGAGCUGUCUGGAACGACACUGCUUUCCUUGCGUCGGUUGACGUAAUGGAUUACUCUCUUCUCGUUGGAAUUGACGAAGAGAAGCACGAACUGGUUCUCGGGAUUAUUGACUUUAUGAGACAAUAUACAUGGGACAAGCAUCUCGAGACUUGGGUUAAAGCUUCCGGCAUCCUAGGCGGUCCCAAGAACGCUUCACCAACUGUCAUCUCACCCAAACAGUAUAAGAAGAGGUUCAGGAAGGCGAUGACUACCUAUUUUCUGAUGAUCCCAGAUCAAUGGUCAUCUUCCACCCUGAUUCCCAGCAUCUCGCAGGCCGAAUUGUGUGAGGAGAAUACGCCCAGCUCAACAUCUGCAGAGUGAUUUUAUGAAUCUGCUUGUUUAUACAUUUAAGCAUAUAGUUUGCAAUUCUUUUUGCAUCGGUUUCUCUAAGAUCAAAUACACACAUCUAUAUAUAUCUACCCCUACAGUUUUUCCAUUCUUUUGGGAGGCAGUUGGCAUUAUAUGAUUGAAUCUGUGAUUGUCUCUUCCAUAUAGAUAGCAGGCUGGCUGCCUAUACUUCUUUUGUACAUUUUUUUUAGUUUGUGCUCUCACUUUGUCUUAGGAUCCAAUGCAAAUUGUAUAUGUGAUUCAAUUCACUUGCACUCUUGGCAGAUUUUGUGCAAUAUAUGCAUUUUUUAAAUUCCUUCUCUUCAA